AGCCUGCAUAUCAUCGAAAUAUUUGGAGGCUCCUCAUUGGCUGAGGCACGUAAUAGCCCACAUCUUCCCAGCGAAGCCUUAAAUAGAAAUCACGGCCACGACAAUUUGUUCCUUUGCUCGUGGGGGUCACUAUAAUACUGCGUUUGUCAACAUUAUGUACAAAAUUCGUCUGGCAGGAGUGGUUGAAUAAAUUUUGGUCCAUUUCCCUGAACCAGGCUGUACUCAUAUAUUUUUCUCUCAAGCAGUUACUGUCAACAAAUAUUUUCGGACCGCUGGAAACAAGAACUACUGCCCAAAGUCUUUAUAUGCAAUCUGCAGCACGCGUUGGACACAACGCAGCCGCUGUCGAGUACUGCACACUCGAAGAGGGGCCUCUCAUCUAUCGGCCGAUGGCGAAGCCGAAGGGCAGGAGACAGCCAACUGGUGAUGCAGUUGGACGCCCGUCCAAGUCGGACAAGAGAGCCAAGACAGCAGCAGCGAGAGGUUCGUUGGCCCAGAACAGACUCCAAGCUGAGCUCGAGCAGCAACGUGCAGCGCUGGCGGCGGACAGAGCAGAGAUGGCGCAGAGGGAGCAAGCGCUCAGAGCGAAGGAGGCUGCGUUCGCCAAGAAGGAACAAGAAGUGGCGCGCGCCGCUGCACAGCGGGAAAAGCGUGAGCAGCAGGAGGUUGAGCGCGUCCAAGCAGCAGCUGCUGCCGGGGCGGAGAAGGUGAAGCCGAAGAAGGGCGAGCUCUGGACCCAGUUGUUGUCAAGGAUGGUCCUCAUGCUACUCUUCGACCUCCGCAAGGAAGUUUGCUCUGAGAACGAGGCGGUAUUGCAGACGAGCAAGCUUGGAAUGUGCGAUGCCUCACUGUACAAUCUCCAAGUGAACUGA